AGAAGGAGACCCGGAAGUGCCCGUCAAUCAAACUCGGCGGCAAAUUGGAAAGGAAACCAAGGCGCCAUCUUUAAACAGCUUCCCAACUCGUCCGUUUCAACUUCAUACCGACAACUUGACCUCGUUCACAUUGUUGUGGAACAACAAACGUUCCAAAGCUCGACGAGUGGGCGAGUUUGAGGAGAAAGCGCAACCAGUCGAGCUGCAAAUCCGAUUUGAGUAUUACAGACUGACUUGACUGUGUCCUGGGACUACUCGCGAGUCAAAAGUUAGAUACAUUCUGCCGGCAGGGCGCUGCCGUGACAGACUUGUACGCCAGAUGGCAGUCCAUCAUUAACUGCGCUUGCCUGCUCCUGUCGAAUCCCGUCAACAGGAACGUCACUUCCAGAGCCCCCCCACCUCAUCUUAAUCGGACACCACCAAGCAGAAAUGUCCUAAGAAGUCGACGGAUUGACACGUUUGCAUAUUUGAGGAGUCAUUCGGAAGUCCGGUGACGCGACGCGACGCGACACGACGCUGCCAUCUGGCGGCCGCGAGCAGUGAUGCAGCCCUCUGGCGUUUUCGAACAAUGGCGGCGGUGGCGUCUCGACGAGCCGUCCGUGGCGACCGCGCGGCAGAAGGUGUCCGCGAGCUUGGCGGACGGCGUGCUGCGAGAGACGGUCGCCCCCAGGCCGGAUCCGGGCUCCCGGCCCCCCGGGGGUUCCCCGAAUCAGCCGGCGCAAAGCUCAUGUGACGCUGCAGCAAACAGCAGAAGAAAUGAAACUGGCCAAUGUUUCAGCAGGGCCGAUUAUUUAAAGGCGUCUUUGAAGAUCGUUCUGGAAAGGCUGCCACCGGAGAUCCUGCUGAAGAUCCUGUCCCACCUGGAUGCUGCCUCACUGCUCAGCCUCAGUCAUGUCAACAAGCUCUUCCGCGGCCUGGCCAACGACGACAACACAUGGCGCAAGGUUUACAUGGCCGACUUCUGGUGGGAGGCGUGGAGGCCCGGGGCGACGGAGGAUGGCGCGGCGAGGGUGGCGGCUGACGCUCAGGAGCGCCCUCCGGGCGACUGGAAAAAGAAAUACCUGUGGAGGAUGGGCGGGCAGCAACUCAGCAAGUUGAGGAGGGAAGCCCGAGACUUUGACCCCUUAACUGGCCUGCCGCAGCGCAUGGGACACAUCCUCAGGAGCAUGAACGUGUCGUGGGAGGUGACACUGCAGGAUAAGUUGGGGCGGGAGGCCACCCCGGAGCUGAGCGCCGUGUCUGUCUUUAAGACGUCCAUCACACUGUCCUGGAGCGGCAGUCGCCUGGUACGCCACCCUCACGUUCGCGCCCUCCGGCUGUGCGCCGUGCGCAAGGACGCGGCCUGGCGCUCGCUGCUUUGCCGGACGACCGCCACCGCUUGGCCGUCCGCUCGCUUCCUGGGCAAAGACCGGCUGGUCCAGACGGUCUUUUUCCCGCCCGCUUUCAUCGUUGGCUUCUGGAGGGGUCAUAAAAGUGUGGCUUUUGUCACGGUCAGCCUGCACUUGGACAAGCUGCUCGAGAGGAGUCUGCUGGGAUCUCCCAUCAGGUCGUACUGGGAGCCAGAGGAGCGCUUGCAUGCCGACUCGGGGACGCGCACGUACACGCUGCACUUGGGCCUGCACGACACAUCCUCUGACAUCAUCCGCCCUCCUGCAUCUGCUGACGGCUCGUUGUGGCGCCGCGCAGCUCAGGACGGCCUGCUGGAACUGCGGCCCAUCAACAGAGGUGACUUGUCGGAGCCCCGCCAGCUGUCCGGCCGCAUCCGGCUCGUGUGGGAGAGUGACAUGCUGCAAGGCUCCUUGGAGGACGGCCUGCUGGAACUGCGGCCCAUCAACAGAGGUGACUUGUCGGAGCACCGCCAGCUGUCCGGCCGCAUCCGGCUCGUGUGGGAGAGUGACAUGCUGCAAGGCUCCUUGGAGAAUUGCUGCGUGCUGACGCUGACGGUGAUUGAGGACAUCUACAAGCCGCUGUGGUGCGUCAGCGCGCCCGUCUGCGUCAGGGCGAGCGCCGAGCGCCCAAGAGGCCGCUCAGACUACUACUCGGACGGCAAGCGCUUGCUGCUGUUGCACGAGGACGCUCGCGGCCUGCUGAAGAUGACGCUGGUGCGGCUGAAGGAGCCGCACCAGCUGUUUGUCGUCAGCCUGGCGGUGAGCGUGUUCGCCGGCCCGGCCGCCGGCUAUUGAAGCCAGAUUUCAGUUUUCUUUCGUGUUUGCUGGUUUUGCAAGAAGCGGGUUCUUGUGCUUCCGUUUUCGAAUAAAUGUCCCGCCGGUCUGGUCAGU